AGACCGAUUUCAACUUUGGCUACAGAUCCACGAAAGGUGCUACGAAAAAAUACACUUCAAGGUGACUAUUACCAAGUGGGAACGCUUUUGGAGGAUCCGUCUUUGAAAGAUGAGUACCUUAAUGCUCUCGAGGUAGCUGAAACUUUUCUGGAUGUAGAAAUCGACUUGAUAUCUGCCAAUUACAGCAAUCUUUUGGAAGUGAUGGCUGGAUUCCGCGAGAAAGAAGCCCUAGAUCUACUUGUUGAUAUAUGGACAAUAGUUUUCAACAAGAAGGGAAGAAAAAUCAAGUCAGCCCGUAAGUUGCAACAGUCAUUGCUUCAGAAAAGACAGCAGCUCGUUGACAUAUUGAUGGAUGCUAGACGCUAUGACAUAUACGAAACCCUUAUACAACCGCUACUAGAGGAUUCUUCAUUCAGUGAGAAACGUACCCAGUCAGACGACUUCAUGAUAAUUUGUCAGUUGAAGUACCAAGAUGGGAAGCUACUGCUCAAUAAGCAUGGUAUAUUGCGUUAUUUGAGAGAUGAAUAUAUACCCAUGCACAAGAAAAGGCAGUUUCUUGAGCGACUUACACGUUCCGGAAUAAUUUAUGCUUCCAAUGACGAGGAGCGAUAUUUAUUCAUCAAAUACUUCAUGGAGUUUUCCAAAGUGAUGGGAGAUAUCGAUAUGAACUUCGUAGACUCGCAAUUUAAGGUAUACGAAAAAGUAUUGCGUCUCAUGGCAAUUCCUCCAGAAGGAUUCGAACAGCAUAUCACGGAGCUUUAUCACCAGUUUGUAAAGCUUGACUUCGAACCAGAAGCAUUUAAUAACUUGUUGACUUCACUCAUGAGUGCAACAGCAUCGGCUCCAAAUUAUGUCUUGAAGUAUUGGCAGUAUAAAGUAAAGCACAGUCGUCAGAUGGGUUUAGCACCAUCCAGAGUAUUGAACUACAAGGAUUUGAAGUACGCAAUGCAGUCACUCUUGUCUAUGAAUUACCACAAAGAAGUAGAAGAACUCUACUGGAACUUUCCAACUCUUCACGAUGACGAUCAAAUAGAAGUACUCUUGGAACUAUGUGCUGUCUCCAAGGAUUGGGAGGGACUUCAAAAGCGAUUUGAAGAAAUGUACGGUCGUGGUAAUCUUCCUCUUACAGUCCAUUAUGCUAUAGUCAUGAAUGCAUUGGCCACUGUUGGGGCCAAGCAAGAAGUCGAUAAUCUUUUCCAGCAACUCAUAGAGAGAAAGCUUGAGGCAUCAACCUCUGUCUUCAUUUCAUUGAUUAACAGUAGACUCUACUACAACGACAUCGAUGGAGCAAAAAAAUGUAUUGAUUUAUACCUCAGUAUGUCGUUUGGAGAAAAGGAAAAGGAUGCAUUGCCCAAGUUGUAUCUGUUGAUUUUCGAUGUCUACAUCAGAUCGAGUUCUUUACAGGAAGUCAUGGACUUUUUCGAGUCCACUUUGAAACGACAAGCAGAACUUGGAGUUCAACUAAUCAACAGCAAAGUCAUUGUACAAGUCAUAGAUAUGGCAUCUUCCAACUAUGGAUUGAGAGAAAUAGAACGUCUUAAGAGUAUUGCUGAAUAUUUGAACUUGGGCAACAAUGAAGUUUAUUUGGGGUUGAUCAGAACAUAUACGAGAAUGGACCAAUUUGAAAGAGCUGACGAAAUCAGUUACGAAGCUCAUAGACAUUCUGAAAUUCCUUUCAAUGAUUCCAAAGUAUAUGCGGCCCAGCUAAGAAACUUCAGAUUUUGGCAGAGGAGCUCCACACAUAGUGAGAAAAGAGAAUACUAUAGAUCUAGAAUGACAUUCAUUAGUUUCUUAGCCGACGAUGUUCGUUUGGAGAAGUCGCUAGCUCUCAAUGCUGGUUUUUUCACUGAAGUAAUCAAAUAUUUACUUUCAGAGGACAAUGUUAAAGAAGCAUAUGCCAUGUUGAGGAAGGUUGAAAAACUUGAGUUGCUUAGGGAAACUCAUUAUGUACCCUUUUUAAAAUAUUUCUCCAGGACUAGAAAUAGUAAGUCGAGAAAUGAGGUUAUGAAACUCUACCAAGAGAUGAUAGAAAAGAAUAUUACUGUCUCUUCUCUUGCUUAUGUAUUUUUAUUGAGAGUACUGUUGGAGACUGACCAUGGACAUGGUUUAGGGUUUAAGAAUUCCUUGAGUUUAUUGGAAACAGUUUUCAAACUUCAUGGAAUAGCUUUGACAAGAGGAGAGAAGUUGGAACAACCACAAGUCCUGGCUUUAAUGCUCUAUCAGAACUAUGUCAAUCUAUGUCGUAUGCUUUCUGACUACAUAAUUACUACAAAGGGAGAUUCUGAUAUGUUGAUGCACUUUAUGGAACAAGUCAGAAGUAAACUCGGAGAAGUUAUUGGAAUAGAUUUCACAAUCACAUCGUCUAUUGAAAUGGCUAAGGUUUAUGAAAGCGAGGGAAACAAGGUGAAAUCGCAAGGAUUUAUAGACUUUGGAAUGGUGGAUUUGCGUCACUUUAUUUCCAGAUUUCAUGCCAACUAUCCAUUCAAAAAAUCAGAAGAAGUUGUUGUUCCGCGAGCAUUACUGAAACCUUUGCGUACUCUUAUUACCAUGAAAAUGAGAACAGAUCUGAGAGAUGUCUAUAUUGAUAUACUCAACGAAUCUCAUGACUUAGUUACUCUUUCAGGUAUCCAGUACAAUCAGUUGAUGAAAGGUAUCUUGCCAACUUCAAAUAUCAACAUUUUGAAUAAGAUCCUUUUUGCUUGUGAACAUCACCUAGUUUCAGGUAACUGGGUUGAAAUCCAAAUAAUGAACAAACUUCAAUAUUUAUACAAGUUGAUCAUUUACCAUCUAAUAAGACUUCAUGGAGAGAAUAAAGUUAUGUCUCGGUAUUCGAUAUUGAACAACUAUUACAACGUCAAAAGCCUUUCCCAGUUAGAUUCUGAGUUUGCAGAGCUUGAAGAUCCUUAUGAAACUUUGAAAUAUGAAGUCGAGACUCAUAUUCGAAGUAUUACCACGAGGAAUUACUCGGUCGAAGAUGUCAUCAGACAUAUACCAAAGAUAUUUGCUCCUGAAAGACACAUUAGAACAAGAAACAAGAUAUCCCACACCAACUCUUCACAACUCUGGUGGAAUAUCAGUAAACACUGCAAAGACGACAUACUCAAAGCAUACGACUUAAUGCAAGAGUAUCCCAAUCUCAUGGAGUACUUGAUGUACAAUAACAGCGCAAGAUACCGUAUGAUUUGUUUUCGAGACGAAAUCAACAAAAUAAGGCCACCAAGAUCAAGGGAGGGCUACAACGAUAGACGGUUCCGUACAAUAAGUGCACUU